CUUUCAGUUGACUUUCAUCGUCGUUCGUAGCGAACGUUUUGCACGACUCGCUUGUCGAUAGGAAAUCGCAUUAUAUUUAAUAGCUGCGUAAUAAGAACGUUGCACGUUUUCUGCAAGGAAUGUUUGCCAAGCGGCAAGCGUGAACACUAAACGCUGGAUCGUAUGUUUUCAUUUAGCCGUGGUGAAUGUUGGAUUAUUUUGUUCGGUAAUUUAUUAGCACUUAAAAAAUAGCGUCGCGGAAAGCGUGGCGCAAUGCAGUGUGUGUUUGGACGCGGAUUGAAACUGUGUUUAACUAAGUUGUUUGACGGUGGAGGCAGAAGGGUGCAGGACGGUGACCACUUUUAGAGAUGUUGCCGAUGGUACAGGCAGCACUAUUUCUAUCGGACGCUGGCAACCACUCCACUGAUGGGGUGCCACAGUCGGCUCACUUGACACCCCCGACGACAUCGGAUUCUGAUGUUGAGGAGCUUGUUGAUAUAUUUUUCGACAUUGAUGUAGCCGUUGUCAAAACAUUGUCAAGAAUUGAAUCCUGUGACCUCCAACUGGGAGACACAUGGAGGGGGAUGCAAAGCAAGAUGAGCGUGACAGCGCCAGUUAAGAAGAUAAGGAAAAAGUCUGAGAAUAAGCCACAGUCUCAAAUAAACAAGUGUCACAACGAAAAGAAACGCCGGGAGCUCGAGAACGAAGUCAUAAACCAGCUGGAAGAGUUACUGGGGGCGUGCCUGGCGGACGUGAAGCAGCCGGACAAGAACGGCAUCGUCAGAGAAGCCACACGCCAGCUGCAGGAGGCUCUCAACCGGCGGCGAGACUGUCCCGCGGAGUGUCCCGUGCGGCGCGGCCCAUGUUUGUCCCCGGUGCAGGGUGGCGAGGUCAGCUCCACUCAGCACUCGGCGUCGCACGACUUCCACUUCUCGGACAUCAGUACUCUGAUAGAGGCUGUCAAACAUUACACGAGCGUUUUGGGCCUGAUUUUAAUGGAAAUCAAUUCGAGAGGCGAUAUUGAAUGCGUCACUGAGAAUAUAAAAGACUUUAUACUCUUCGAAAGAACUGAGCUUUAUAAAAAAUCUCUCUUCUCCCUGCUGCAUCCGGAUGAUCAUGCAAAGUUUAACCCGCUGUUGAGGACUGUCCAAACUUUUGCUUGGGGUGCUGCCGAUUCGGAGAAGUUUCAGAAUAUUCAAGCUCGAUUCCGUAUUAAGGACAUAGAUGUUGCCGAUGGUACCAGAGUGUGAUUUGCUAAGGAGGUUCGUGGACAGUGUAAUUCACGCUGCGCCGGUACGCGGCCCCAGCCCGGAGCAGGCCGGCUCCGUCAUGUGCGUCAUUCGGCGCUGCGAGUCGGCCGCCAUCUCCAACGACGGCAAACCCAAG